GAAAAUAAGCUGUCUGGUUAUAAAGCACAGACAACCUGUGAUAUUUGAUGUGAUAUUCAUUCACGGGUGUGCAGUAACGCUCAACUGCUCCAAAAACAGAGGGCACAGGAGGACAAAAGGCGAACAAUCUCUACAUCCGAAGAACUGCCGGAAGAAAGACACAUACCUACGGUCACCGUGAAGCAGACUCCGUCUCCUUUGUAACUUGUGGAUGGAUGCAGCUAGGCUAAAUGUAUAUCGGAGUAAUGUAAUAGAAAUGGAAUGUAACCUCUAGGCUAUAUUAUACCAAUACCAGCGGAGCAUCCACUCUUAAAACUAGAACGUCCUCAGUGCUGGUGGAUUACCUCCCCCCUGAAACUAGAGCGUCCUCAGUGCUGGUGGAUUACCUCCCCCCUGAAACGCGUGCAUACCGCUAUUGACCGGAAAGUGGAUACUACAACUUCCAUCCAGACAGCAAACCAAAGAGUUAGAGCGGUUUUAUCGCCCUUCGGGUACGCUAAACCUUUUCGUUGAGUUUCGCGGGGAAUUUAUAGGGCUAUUUUUCUGAAGUUUUGAACGAGAGGUUUUGCCCGGCACUUGAAAUGAAGAUGGGCAUGGGUGUGAUGGAGACGGCGGACAUUGCCGUGGUGGCUCUGUACUUCGUCAUGGUGCUGAGCAUCGGGUUCUUUGCAAUGUGGAAGGCGAACCGCAGCACGGUGAACGGAUACUUCCUGGCGGGACGCUCCAUGACAUGGAUGGUCAUCGGAGCGUCGCUGUUUGUCAGCAACAUCGGCAGUGAACAUUUCAUCGGCCUGGCGGGGUCAGGAGCAGCCAGUGGCUUUGCUGUGGGAGCAUGGGAGUUCAACGCCAUACUGCUGCUGCAGCUGCUGGGCUGGGUGUUCAUACCUGUGUACAUCCACUCCGGGGUGUACACCAUGCCCGAGUACCUGUGCAAACGCUUUGGGGGCAAUAGGCUGAAGGUGUAUUUUGCCGCCCUGUCCGUGCUGCUCUACAUAUUCACCAAGAUCUCCGUGGACUUGUAUGCCGGGGCUCUUUUCAUCCAAGAGUCGCUGGGCUGGAACCUCUACCUGUCCAUUAUCUUGCUCAUCACUUUGACCGCGUUGCUCACGGUCACCGGCGGCCUGGUCGCGGUCAUGUACACCGACACGCUCCAGGCUGUGCUGAUGGUGGGGGGGGCUCUCAGCCUGACGGUCAUCAGCCUCGUCAAGGUCGGCGGGCUUGAAGGGGUUCGGAACAAGUAUAUGCUAGCUGUUCCAAAUGUAACCGCUAUCUUGGCCAGUGGGAACUUCACCUACUCACCCUCCUGCCGCAUUGAUCCCAAGCCAGACUCCCUGCGAAUUCUUCGGGGACCACUGGACGAAGAUAUUCCCUGGCCAGGCUUCCUACUGGGUCAAACCCCAGCUUCCAUCUGGUACUGGUGCGCUGACCAGGUCAUCGUCCAGAGGGUGCUUGCCGCCAAGAACAUCGCCCAUGCCAAGGGCUCCACGCUCAUGGCCGGCGUCUUGAAGGUUCUGCCCAUGUUCAUUAUUGUCAUCCCCGGGAUGAUCUCCCGGAUCCUGUUUGCCGAUGAGAUUGCCUGCAUCGGGCCAGAGCACUGUCUGGCCGUCUGCGGCUCGAAGGCGGGUUGCUCCAACAUCGCUUACCCGCGGCUGGUCAUGGCGGUGAUGCCCGUUGGACUGCGAGGGCUGAUGAUGGCUGUGAUGAUCGCGGCUCUCAUGAGUGACCUGGACUCCAUCUUCAACAGCGCCAGCACCAUCUUCACCCUGGACAUCUACAGGACCGCUAGGCACGGUGCCUCUCAGAAGGAGUUACUGUUGGUUGGCCGGCUGUUCAUAGUGGUCAUGGUGGUCAUCAGCAUCGCCUGGGUCCCCGUCAUCAUUGAGAUGCAAGGCGGCCAGAUGUACCUCUACAUACAGGAAGUAGCCGGAUACCUGACCCCGCCCAUUGCCGCCCUCUUCCUGCUGGGUGUGUUCUGGAAGCGUUGCAACGAAACUGGUGCAUUUUGGGGAGGUUUGACUGGGUUUCUUCUGGGCUCCACCCGGCUGAUCCUGGCGUUUAUUUACCGCGCGCCUCCCUGCGAUCAGCCCGACGACAGGCCUUCCUUUAUCACACAUGUCCACUAUAUGUACGUGGCUGCUGGGCUGUUCUGGGUGUCUGGACUGGUGGCUGUGGUUGUCAGCCUCUGCACCGCUCCACCGGACAAGGAGCAGAUCAGCACCACUACAUUAUGGGGACUACGGAACAUUGAGCGCUUUCCCAGGAAAGACUGUGAGGAGAUGUACAAGCUGACUGAUAAAAGCCCUGUGCAUUUGAACGGGAACGGAGGCCUCUACAAGGAUCUGCCGCCAGACGUUUGCAAAGCGAGGUGCCUAGACGGGGAGGAUGUUAACCUGCUGACGACGCCUUCUAGCCUCGACUCCGCGAGCCCCACCACGGAGACGACCCCAGCGACGACUCCUGCCACGCCCGGCGAGCAGUUUGACAGCGGUCAAGCGGGUGUGGUGCAUGCAGGGGAAAGUUGUUGCGGUGGGGAGAGUGACAGGUGCCCACGUCUGUUGGAGUGGUUCUGUGGGUUUAAGGACGCAGCAUAUGAUCCCCACCCCAAAAGGACAGAGGAGAGCAGGAGAGCCGUCGUGGAGAUGCUGUACGAGCCACCCAGAACCAAACUGCUGCUCAACUGUGCCCUUUUCCUUGUCUGCUCGUUGGGGAUAUUCCUGUUCGUGUACUUCUCUCUGUAGUUGGGACAAAAGAAAGGGGUUGUUAGUGAUUGUUUCAAAGGCACAAUUACAAUUUUUUUGUAUUAUGUGUUAAGAGUCUGAUUGUCUGUAAUAUUUACAGUGCAGCUCCUUAACAAGGAUUCUGAGCUUUCUGAAUCAUUCUUUUGAAAUGAUUGAAGCUUCUCCCCCUCAUUAAAAUAAUCAAACCACAAAGCACUUCAAUCUAUUCUGUACCUGUAUUUAUAGAAUUGUUGUAUUCAGUUUGUGUUUUGGUGACAUUUGCCUUAUUUAAAUGCACUAAUUGUUGUGAUGUCUGUGUUAAAAGCUUUAUUGGGACCAUUGUUGUUAUUAGCUGUAGCACAUCUAUGUAUCUGUACAUCUAUCUACUCUGGCACUGUACAGUAUAUAAUAUCCUAAUUCUGUUGUUCAGACGUUCUAUUUACGUUAGUGCUGUGAUUUCUAGAUCCAUCAGCAUUUCAGGUUGAGAAUGCUAUGUUAUUCCAAAACUGAUGUGUCCAACCUGAUUGUCAGGUGGACCAAUUGAAGGCCAUUUUGUUUUGCCGGGAUCACCUCAAAGUUACAUUGAAGCCAUCACUCACUACCACAGCUAGGUUGUGUUAAAAACGUCCCGUUCCUUUCUUUCAAUUAGCCUUAGACUGUACAUUGCAAAACUGGUGUUGAUGUGGUGGUUACAAAUGCUUAGUGAUUAGUUUUUUUUCUUAGUCAUUUUCUUUUUUACUAAAUUGUUUUGUUUUAAUGUUUGGACAGUUAAUACCUAUCUAAUUCUUUAGAAUACCCAUAUUAAUUUGUGUAGAUGUUUCUUUUGAAGAUAAGAAUUGAAGUGUGUAGGAUGGUUUGACAGAUUGUCAACAUAAAUCUACUUUUUAUUACACUCUGUUAUUUUAGUGUUGCAAAAAUGCAUAUGCAUAGUUCCAUAUUGAGGAUCAAGGUGUAUUGUGUUCGUAUAAUUAGGUUCAUGUUUGGAAUUUUUAGCAUUGUUAGAAUUAUUAUUUUCUUCAACUUUAAAUGUACAGAUGUUUUUUUUCCAUAAACUACAGUAUUUUGGUCACUGGAAAAAAAACUAAAAAACAUCAGGGCUCAAUUUUACUUUGUCUUUUGUUCACCCUUUUUAUUUAGUGUUUCCUAGAGACCUCUUUUACCAAAUGUGUCUUAGUGUGCAAUGCUAAAGUUAUAUGAAAUUAAAAACAUAUUUUAGUUUUAUGGUGUCUUUAAAAAAUGCUAAAAAGUGCUGUGAAUUCUAUGAUUAUUAUUCAGCAGUGCUACUAAUCAGCUGAGUUAAUGUUUUGUUGUGAACUAGCGUGGACUCCUUCAUAGCUUUAUAUAUGGAGAUUCAUUUGCAAAGUAUACAUGCUUUUUCAGACAUGUUUUGCGGAUGCAAAUCAAGCUAACCUUCCCUUUUUUUCUAGUGGGGUGAAUGGAGGGUUAUUGAAAGAUGGUGAGAAUUGCCUGGAGACUGUAUUGAAAUGUGACAGAAGAGCUUUAACAAUAUUAUUUCUAUUUCUGAGAAAAAUGUUAUUUUUAUGGCUUUUAUUUUUGAGAAGAAAUCAACAAAUAAAGUUCCUGUGGGGAAAAAGGUAAA